ACAAAACUUCAGAGAUCAAAAUAUCUUUUUUGACUUUAAAAUAGUUGUGAAAGAUGAAGCAAUCCCAUGUCACCGUUGUGUACUAGCAGCAUGUAGUGACUUUUUCAGGUGAAGGCACAAUCCAAUUAAGCUGCCUGUAACACCCUGAAUUUGGAGGAUUAUGGACACUCUGUGCAAGGCUAGAGAAGGGUGGAAGUGAUUGUUACCUUCUGCACUCCUCUUACUCUGCAAAGCAGUUGAACACCAUCUUUACCCCUUCUCUAAGUUUGCUCUUACAACGUUGGGGAAGCAGCUGGAAUGGUUAUACCUGGAGAGGGGGAGGAGGGUGCUUUCAGUGCAGAUUCCCUGUUCCAAGGCUGGAACUGAAAAUCCAAAUGAUGCUACAGCCCUCUAGAUACUAUUUAGGCACCAUGGGAUCACUCUGCCCAUUAUGCAAAAUGUUAUCCAAAGUAAAUGUAUUGAGAAUGGUGUCCUUAUCCCUUAUUCAAGUUCUAUAUUUUUUGCUGUUUUAUUCAAGUUUUAUUUUUGCUGUCUUCCUAUUGAUAAUUUUGGUGAUGAUCUCUGCUAUGUUCAUCUUCUGUAUUUCAAUUACAGAGCCAUGUUUGAAGUUAACAUGAAAGAAAGAGAUGAUGGGAGUGUUACUAUUAGUAAUUUGUCACCCAAGGCAGUAAAGGCUUUUCUAGAUUAUGCCUACACUGGAAGAACUGAGAUAACAAAUGACAAUGUAGAAAUGUUCUUUCAGCUGUCGUCAUUUCUUCAAGUUUCACUUCUUUCAAAAGCUUGCAGUGACUUUCUGAUUAAGAACAUUGACCUUGUCAAUUGUUUGCAACUGUUAUCCAUUUCUGAAAGUUAUGGCUCCACUCAGUUGUUUGAUCAUACGCUCAAGUAUGCACAGCACAAUUUUUCCUUGUUGCUCCAAUCAAAUGAUUUCUUGGAAAUGAAUUUUGAGAUAUUGCAGAAAUGUCUAGAAACUGAUGAGUUGAAUGUCCCAGAUGAGGAGUCUGUGUUGAAAGCUGUCUUUUGGUGGACAAAGCAUAACUUGGAAACAAGAAAGAAGCAUCUUUCUUACUUGCUGAAAAAGGUAAGGCUACAUCAGUUAUCUGAGAAGACACUCCAGGACAUCUUGCACUCUGAAGAACAGUUACUUGAAGAUACUGGCUGCUUAGUUAUAAUCAAUGAGGCAAUUAAGAGUGUACAAAUGUCCAGUGGGUUGUUUCCUGAUGCUCGCCCUUCAACAACCGAGAAGUACAUACUGGUUCACAAAACUGAAGAAAAUGGAAUACAUCGACAUACAUUUUGUUACAACAUUAAAACUGAUCAAUGGAAAGAAUUGACACACACACAAAUAAUUGACCUUCCAGGAUCAAGUUUAUCUAGUUACGGUGAAAAAAUAUUUAUAACUGGGGGAUGUGAAGGAAACUGUUUCCGGACAAUUAGACUUCAUAUUGCUGAAACAUUUCACAACGCUACUGACCAAACAUGGUGCUACUGUCCUGCAAAUGACAGUUUCUCAUCCGUAUCAGCUAUGAAGAAGCCAAGGACAAUGCAUACAUCUGUUGUGACCCUAAAUCAACUGUUUGUAAUAGGAGGAAAGACAAGGGCAUCUCAGGGUAUGAAAAGUCUUUUGGAUGUGGAGGCAUAUAAUCCUCUAUCAGGAGAAUGGAAAUCUGUUAGUCCAUUACCAAGAGGCAUUUACUAUCCAGAAGCAAGCGCAUGUCAGAGUAUAAUUUAUGUACUUGGUUCUGAAGUAGAAAUUACAGAUGCCUUUAAUCCAUCUCUUGAUUGUUUCUUUAAAUACAAUGCUGCAACUGAUCAGUGGUCUGAGCUGGUUGCUGAAUUUGGACAGUUCUUUCAUGCAACCUUAAUCAAAGCUGUUCCAGUGAACUGCACAUUGUACAUCUGUGACCUUUCUACCUAUAAGGUUUAUAGUUUUUGUCCAGAUACAUGUGUCUGGAAAGGGGAAGGUUCUUUUGAAUGUGCCGGCUUUAAUGCAGGAGCAGUUGGAAUAGAAGAUAAAAUUUACAUCCUUGGUGGGGAUUAUGCGCCUGACGAAAUCACUGAUGAGGUGCAAGUCUACCAUAGUAGUAGGUCUGAAUGGGAAGAGGUUUCACCCAUGCCAAGAGCCCUGACUGAGUUCUAUUGUCAGGUGAUUCAGUUUAAUAAAUAUAGGGAUCCAUGGCUUCAAUAGCAAUGUGAUAGCGUGAGUUAUAAGCAACAGCAUGUUUUGAAGAUGUAUCUGACUUAAUUUGAAGGAAACCAAGCAUUAGAGAUGCAGACCACCAAGCAUGAUUUUCACAUCCUUCUCAUUUAAUUCCCAUGAAGAAGCAAUGCUUGGUAGAUUACACCUAUAGUUAUAAUGCACUAAAACACCUCUUUUUGAAUUUUCGUAUAAGGAAUUCAAUUCAUUUUUCUGAAGGAUUGAGCAUCAGAAAGAAUGUGAGCUAAAGAAGGAUUUAGAUUAGUUUUCUCCCUUAAUGCCAGUCCUCUGUACCACAUGGCAAUCUACUUUUGAUACUGAAAGGAAUUAUCACAGAAGCAAUUGAUACAGUUUUGAAGGUCAGCUAUAAACAAUUCUUUGGAUCAGUGCAAAAACACUUAGUGGAAUUCUGGGCAGCUCUUUGGAAUCUGGCCACAAUGUUCAAAUGUAAUAGUUCUCAGUUUCUAUAUUCAUUUAUAAACUGCAUGAUAUAAUCUGAAUAACUUUUCAUUUAACACAGUCUUAGGACAAAAUUGUGAUCAUUCUUAGUGAUCAAGAAUGGUGUUGUGGUAUCCAUAAUUGCUUUUGAUAGGCAUAGUUUUGCCCAUAGAAAACAGAGGCAAAAAGUUGGAAGUUGGUCUUUAUAUAUCAUUGAACAAAUAGGCUGAAUGAAGAUAUAAUCGAUUUAAAUUGAUUUCUGGAAUUUGGCUUAAUUCAGUAUUUAUUCCUCCAUUAGAUAUUAAGGAACCCUUACUACUAUUUUGGUAGGACUACUGAAUCUCUUUUUAUCCACUAUUUUUCUCAACUUAAAGUGGCUAAAGUAAAGAGAUGCUGGAUGAAGAAGUUUGUUUCACUUGAAUAUUCAGAGCCACUACUGGUGUGAUAUCUAUUGAGGUGAAUAACAGGCUUUAAUUUGGGCUGUCAUUUCAAUGCUGUUACCUGUAUAUUGAUCAUCUUAUCCUCCUGGUAGCCAUACCAGGAGGAUACCUUUGGCUUGGGUAGCCAUAGACCCAAAAAGGUACACACCCUUUCUGGCCUUGCAGGCUGCAAUGAACUGUGCAAGGAGUCAUAUAUGCAAAUAUUCAUGUCUGGCAAGAGUCUGGUGGGCCACCAGAAAUUAUUUGACUAUACGUUUUGCAUCCCUGCUAGAGGCGAUGGCCAAGAUAGGACCCUUUAUCCUUAUGCAAGUAAGUAUGAAGGAAAGAUUUUAUUUUCUUUGUCUACUAACUAAAAGUUAUGGAAAGCUAUAUAAGAAUAUUUUCUAGUAGAUACUGCAUCAGGCUGUAAUUCAAGCUGCUCUGCCAAAAACACCACCAUCAUCAGCAGCAAUAAAAUAGGAAUUCUAAUACAUCCUUAACAAAAUCAGUACACAAUUUUACAUAGUGCUUUCCUGUUCCCACUGAGGCAAUAUAAAGGCAGCCUUGAAGAUUAGUUUUAUAUAUGAGUACAAUGCAAUUUUUAUGGAGCAGACGGGAAUGGGAGGAAUAUAAUUCUACUUGUACAAGUGUCUACUCUCUAAGGUUUUAAUUCUAAACAUAUUUAAUUGGAGAUUAAUCCUAUUUAAAUCAAGGAUCUUCCUUCUGAGUAAGCAUUCUAAGAACGGGCUGCAAGAAAGAUAUUUUAUCAAUUAGAAAAUAAUUCAGAAUUCAUUUUAAAAUAUAGCAUGGUGUUGCUAAAUUGCUAUUAAUUUAAAAUGUAUUAGGGCUUUUCAGAAUAUGCACUUUCUCACAAAUUAGCUUUGAGACAUCACAACCACCAUUAAAUAGUUAAACUAAUGUUGGAGUAAUCUUUGUGUCUAAUCCAAAACACCUGGAGGACAUCAGGUUUGGAAAAACUGCUGUAAAUAGACUGGGGCCUGGACUUGGAACCGAAUGCUCCUAUUGUUCAUUUUCAUUGUAUGUAACAAGCAGGUUUCCAAUUUAAGCAUUAUUAACGAGUAAUUAGACAAAAUUCCUGUCAGCAUUUGUAAACAUCAUUUAUAGAUUGCUUCUUCACACAGUUACUCUGAAUAUAGAAUUUGAAGCUAUCAGUAAAAACAAUGGGUUGCAUCCAGACUUGGUCAUGUAUCCAGACCCUGAAAAUAAAUGAGACUUAAUUCAUGGAGGACUGAUUUGAUGGGUUUACUCUGAACUUUACUAUGUAUAGAUCCAACCCAAUGCAAACCACGACUUCUUUUGGCAAGUGUAGUCCAAAACAUCAGGAAGACAUCCCCAAUCUUAACCACAGCUGUGGUUACUAUCUUUCCAUUUUUCUUUCAUGUUCUUCCCUAUUUAUUUUUCACUGUAUGGCUUAUAUUCAUGCCUUUUACAGUUACACAACACUCACAAUUUGAAAGUCAUAUGCCUAAAGAUUUUAUUAAUUCUAAUACAACUAGAAGUUAUUAACUUCCAGAUUGCUGCACUGAAAUGGGAACUCCCCUCUGAACCGAGGUCAAUCUGAAAACCAUAUACAUUUAUAUGCUAACCUUGUACUAAGGUAGCAUGUCCAUUACUUCAAAUCACCUUUCCUCUAAAACAGCAUAAAGGAAAAUUCAGUAAGUUCAGGGCUAUUAGAAAAAAUUAAUAACAUUUGUGAGCCCAUUUCUUUAAAACCUACUGGUUAAGCAGUGAUGUCCACAUAAUAAUUAGAAAGGGAUAUAUUAGAACAACAGCUGGAUGAAUGAAUUUCAGUCUGUUUUCUAUCAUGCAUGUUUUUUUAUGCUUAUUAAUAGGGUGCAUCCACAGCAAACUGGGAUAAAUAUCUGCCUAAAUCUUUGCUAUUCAUUACAGAUUAACAUUGUAUUUCCUAUGCACAUUUACUUGGAGUAAUUAUUUCAUUUCUAUACCACCUCAUAGCUGAAGCUAUUACUGAAUUUAAUGGGACUUAUUUCAGACUAAAUUGUUCAGGAUUGUGCUGCACAGAGUGGAAAUCUAAACUGUGAAAGAAGAGGUUAUGGGGCCCAGAAGAAAGCAGUUCCCCUUCCCCAUACUUGGAUAUUCCCACUUAAAUUGUAGCUGUGUAGAUGGUCUGCAGAAUAUAAACUAGUAGUUUGCCCUAAAUCUCAUAUCCUGGAUAAAAUAUAUUGGUGCAUUACAUAAAGACAAGAGUAAUAAUUUUCUAAGGCUACAAUACCAUGCAUACAUAUUGAAAAGAUUCACAUGUCAUGACAAAUAAUGCUGAAUAGUUUCCCUGGUGCAUGUGUCUAACAAACAAUCAGGUGGUUUCUACACUAGCAUGGUUUCUACUCUCCUCACUCAGUCCUCCCACUGUUGGUCUGUAUCCCAUCACCCACCACACCUGAAAUUCAAUCCCAUGAUGGUUGGCUGGAGCAGUUAUUAUACCUGCCACUCUUUCCAGGGCACUCUGUGCUAGCUGCAUACCAUGAUGGAAACCAUGAUGCCAGGUUUGGAUGACCACAGAAAUCUUGGUGAACCAUUGGCACCACAGAACAUUGUUAAUUAGAAAUUAUUGUGGUUUCUAAAACCCAAACAUACUAUGCUGAAAUACCAUGACAGGUUUCAGACAACAUGGUGGACCAUCCUGGGUAAGAAACCACUAUGGCUCAUCAUGUUAUGUGAAUUUGCUCCCUGUGAAGUGAGCCACACAGAAAUCAGUGGGACAUACUACUUAUUAAACAUCUUAUAAAACAUUCUUCACAAACUCAAGCACAAAAAAAACCUGGAGGCCAAAACUGUAACCCAAGAAUGCAAUGUUAAAUAGUAUUAUCUAGCAUUCUAGUGGAUGUGGUACUUUAGGCAUGUGCUAUUGGUCUUACACUAGAAUUGCUUGUGCUAGCUCUACAUUAGGGUCAUACAUGGAGCAGCAGUGCCAUUUAGUGGACUCUUUGGCUUUUUUACUUUGAAUAAGAGUUGCCCUAUUAUAUAUAAAAAAUACUUUUGAACAGUUUCAAAAACGGGAAGUGAGGUUACAGGUCAAGAAGUGCAUGACCAAGGAAGGGCACAGUAAACAUGAAAGAGGUUUUGCUGUUCCUUGAUUUUUAGUCUACAUUACAGUGUAGUCUAAGUUGUAAUCCUAUGUGUAUUUAGAUGUGAAAAAAGUCCUUCAACUCCCAGCAUUCUUCAGCCAGGCUGGCUAGAAAAUGCUGUGAAUCAUAAAAUCUGUCUAAAUAUGCAUAGGAUUGUACCCUAAAUUAAUUAGUUGCAUGUCAGUAUAUAUAAUCUUACUUGCACUAACAAAAUAUAGCUAUUGUUACCAGUAAAGGUAGAAUAUGGCACUACCUAAUGAACAGUAAUAUAAUGUAUAUAAUUUCUUAUUACCAGUCCUUCCUUGAACUAUUUGCUAACUGGUUAUCAAGAUAAUACAGACUAUUUUGCAGUCAUCACAAAUGUCAGUGUUAAAAUGUAACAAGUCACUGUUUGCAUAUUGCCAUUUGUUAUUAAUGCUACACCAAGUCUAUGUACAAAAAAUGGAAUGGAAAUACUUGAACAAAUUUUUCCUGUCUUAACAAAUGUCUGUAAACAUAGCUUGGUAUUACCCUUAGCAAAAUAUAUCUUCCAAACAAAUCAAACUCAUUCAUCAUAUAGGGCAGCAAGUAGGUUCCAUAAUGCUGAAAAAAAUGGAUAUAUUGAAUCCCUGAAUAGACAUUGGGGUUGAAAGAGAUUCUGUCAUGUCAAAGCACACCCACAUGGAGGGAAUGACCCUAUGGUUUCUAGACAUCACCUGAGAUGCCACAGGAUUAUCUGGAUUCCCAGCUCUGUCACUCCAAUCUUGGAGCUGCGGAAGAGAGUGCUGUUCCCUCUCCCCAUCCCAGCUGGCAUGGAAAGAACUGUGCUGGUUGCUCUCCAAAGCUGGGAAAGUUAUCUUGGAGAUGUGAUAAAGGGGGCACUCCAGUUUGGAAAGGAAACUGGAGUGGUCAGGAUACAUGGUAUCCUGAUGCAGCAGUUGUAGCCUCCUUUCUUUCCCCUCUGAAGUACCCAUUAGAUGGCUGAAAACAGCUGUUUGCUCUAAAGCAUGAAGAAUGAAGAAGUUUAUAUUAUCUCCAGCAUUGCCCUACUCUCCAUAGCAUACCCAUAAACAGCCAUUUAGCAAUGGCAUUAGCAAAAUUGCAAAGUGAGCAAAGAGGUGCCUAUCAUCUCCAUUGCUCUUCCCACUCUCCAUAGAACCCCUGUACUCCUGAGUUUGGGGCUUACAGACACCUUGAUUGACCUGUGCUCAACAAUGUUUAAGCCAUAGUCAUGACUUCCUCUAUGCUGGCAAUUGUAGUUGAACGUAUUUGUCUGUGUAUGUUAUGUUGAAGUUUUCUAGCCCCUUCACAGAACUACAGCUCUCGGAGCUCACAGGCUAGGAGCUUUGUCAGGUUAAAUUUGAUAGACACGAAAUCCAAGAAACCAACACGGAGAGAAGUUGCCAGUGCUUGUUAAGGCAACCCAAUUGGCACCAUAGCAGUAUUAUUUUUAAAGUACUAAUAGAUGUACAAAGUGUUUGAAGUGACAUAAAUAUAUGUCAGUACAGAAUUAUAAAAUAGAUGUAAAUUUAUAUUCUAGGAUUUUUUUCACAUUGCAUCUUAUAUUGUAUCUCAAAUCAAGUAUAGGUCAGUAUCACUGAUAAUUCAUAUUUUGUACUUUAAAUACAUUAAGGAGGACCACCAUUGUGCUUAAGAUUAGCCAUGAUAAUAUGAAUGCUGGAAUGUUCAUUAACUUGAAUAAUAAAAUCACUGAGCAUUUAAUUUCCUAUGUUAUGUUUAUGGUGUAUCUCACAAUGAAGAACCA